GAGUCUGAGUGGUGUGUACGCGCGCGCGCGAGUGGUUUGUUCCUGGAGCUGGACUUCCGGCGUGGUUCUCCUCUUAGCCAUGGUUUUGGCGUUUCUGGGGUUUGUUUACCUAGCUGUAGGCUCCGGGCCGAGGUGAGCCUUCUCGCAGGCGGAGCGCAGCGAGCUGCAUUGCGGUACAGAGGCCUGGCUGAGGCCCAGCGACUCCGCCCACGUGACCCGCGCCGGGCCUGGGGAACAGACCUGGGCGACCCGCUCCUUGCUCCCGCUGCAGAGUCAGUCCAAUGGCCGCGGCCGCAUACAGGGACCCGGCACAGAUUCUCUUGACUUCAGAGACAGUGAUGGGGUCAGGCCCGGGUCUGACCUUUGAGGAUGUUGCCAUUCACUUCUCCCAGGAAGAAUGGGUGCUUCUUGAUAAGGCCCAGAGGUUCCUGUACUGCAGUGUGAUGCUGGAGAACCUUGCACUUGUGGCAUCUCUGGGGACCUGUUCUGGAAUGGGGAGUGAAGAGGUAAGCUCUGAGCAGGAUGAGCCUAUAGAAGGGGUGAUGUCUAAGCCAAGUCCCUCCACUCAGGAGACUCAGCACUUUGAGACUCCUGUUCCAGCUUUGGAAGGCAUUUCGCACCGGAAUGAAUUCCGAAGCGCACCCUCUGUGCAGACAUUGUACUUGGGCAGAACAGGCAUGCAAAGCUCCGGUUUGAAUGAAGGCAUUAACCAACACCGGAAGAGUGACAGUGGAGAAAAGCACUCCGAACGGGAUGCUAACAGGGCUUCAUUUAUGCCAAGUUGCAGACCCCAUGUGCUGACGAAGCCAUCCAUCUUUGGGGAGGAUGGGGAGAAGAUUCUUGCCUCCACAGGCUGUCUUCAGCAGCAGGCCGCCUGUAGUAGUGAGCAGCCUCACAGUAGCGGCAGGGGUGGGGAAGCACUUCUGAGUGGAGAAAAACUGAAGUACAGUGAAUGCCAAAAAGGUUCAGGGCACAAACAUACUCUUGUUCAGUGUCACAGUGUGUCGCCUGAAAAGGGGCCUCGUGCGGGUAGCAAGUAUGAGAAGGCCUUCUGCAAGUACAAACUAGCUCAGCACCAGGACAGUCACACGGGACAAAGGACAUAUGAGCAUAGUCAGCAUGAAAAAUCUUUUAGCAAAAAGUGUCACCUCAUUGCACAUGAUAGAAUGUGUCCUCAAGAAAGACCAUAUAAAUGCACUGAAUGUGGAAAAGCCUUUAUCUACAAAUCCGAACUCGUUUAUCAUCAGAGACACCACAUUAAUAGAGUGCAUUAUGAGUGUGUGGAAUGUAGGAAAUCCUUCACCUAUAAAUCUAACCUCACCGAACACCAGAGAAUCCACACCGGAGAGAGGCCUUAUCAGUGUGAUCAGUGCGGGAAAUCCUUCAGACAAAACUCUAGCCUCUUUAGACACCACCGAAUUCAUACUGGAGAAAGACCGUAUGAGUGCUGCGAGUGUGGGAAAUCCUUUAGACAGAUUUUCAAUCUCAUUAGACAUAGGAGAGUCCACACGGGAGAAAUGCCUCAUCAGUGCAGCGACUGUGGGAAAGCCUUUAGCUCCAAAGCCGAACUCAUUCAGCACGAGCGAAUUCACAGUGGGGAAAGGCCUUAUGAGUGUAGCGAGUGUGGCAAGCUCUUUAGGCAGUUCUCCAACCUCAUUCGCCACCGGAGAGUUCAUACUGGGGACCGGCCUUACAAGUGCGGUGACUGUGAGAAAUCCUUCAGUCGCAAGUUCAUCCUCAUCCAGCACCAAAGAGUUCACACUGGAGAAAGGCCUUAUAAGUGUGGGGAAUGUGGCACAUCCUUCACCCGGAAGUCUGACCUCAUCCAACACCAGAGAAUUCAUACUGGCACAAGGCCUUAUGAGUGUGAAGAGUGUGGGAAGUCGUUUAGGCAGUGCUCUAGCCUCAUUCAGCACCGGAGAGUUCACACUGGAGAGAAGCCUUAUGAGUGUGUCGAGUGUGGGAAAGCCUUCAGUCAGAGUGCUAGCCUCAUUCAGCACCAGCGACUGCACACUGGAGAGAAUCCUUAUGAGUGUAGUGAAUGUGGGAAGUCCUUUAGCCAAAGUGCUAGCCUAGUUCAACACCAGAGAAGCCACAGUGGAGAAAAGCCUUAUGAGUGUAGCAAAUGUGGCAAACUCUUCACCCACAAGUCAGACCUCAUUCAGCACCAAAGGGUUCACACUGGAGAAAGGCCUUAUGAAUGCAGUGACUGUGAGAAAUCCUUUAGCCGUAGGUCUAAUCUUGUUCGACACCAGAGGGUUCACACCUGAGAAACUUCUUUAUCGUGUAGGAAAUGUGCUGCUUAGUGAGUUGGUGUAGUAACACCGGGGGAGUCGAGCAGCCUUCUGAGUUUAAAGAUAAUUCAUGUGGGCUUCAAAGGGGGAAAACUUUGAGGAGCUUCAUUCCAGUUUCUAGUCUGCCCAGGGCCAUAUCCUGACUUAUGCCAUUGGCAGUGUCUGCAGUAGAAACCCUGUCACAUUGCAACCUGGAAGAUUGACACGGUGAGGGUGGGUAUCCUUCCUGUGUGCUCAGAGAUGCAAACUUCUGUACUCUGCUCUGGCCUUAGCCUUGGAAACCCCUUAUUUCCUUGCAGGGCAGGAAUCUUAUUUGGAAGGUAUGGUCUGAGUUGUGUUUUCAGCUUUGCUAAGGAACUUUUUCAGGGGAAGUUUGUUUUCAUACUGUGCUCGCUAUGAAUAUUUCCAGGUUUGAAUUGGCCAACUUGGGAAAUGCUUGCUGCUCAUAAUCUCUGACUUAUCUUUUUGAAUAGAUAGUUUGUUUAUGCAUCUUGAAUCUUGAGGGUUCUCAUCAUUCUGUGGCAUGACUUUUCAACUGACCCAUGAUGUCAGCACGGAGAGGUGGGCCAGUUCCAUAGAGAUCCUCACUUUCUGUGUUUCAAAGGGUAUGAUACACCUGCCAGAAGCAGCUGUGUAGAGCAAUGGUCUGAUUUUGUGGCUGCUCCUGCUCUCAGCCAUGAGAGCAGGUAAAAUGGUGGAUUUUUUUGUUCUUGGCUUACGGAAGGUGCUGUGAUUUUAGUGAGGUAAGAAGUCCUGAUGAAGAGGAGAAUUCCGACAAUACCAGGCACUUUUAAAGCACGUCAACAAUUAAACUCUCUUUUUUUGCUGGGAUGUCACACAAUUCCUGGCCUUGUUGAGGGUAAUUUCUUUGCAGGCCUUGUACUGGAGCCAUUUGCUAUGUAUAGUGUGUUGACUAGUAGGCAGGAGCAGUUUGUGAUUGGGACAGGAACUGAGUUAACAGAUACGGAAAUAAUCUCACAUUUCCCCUAUUGGACAUGUAUGUGUGUUGGUGCGCAUGUACAUGGCACAUGUGUGGAGGUCAGACGGCAGCUUUGCAACAUGAUUCUGUCCUACCAUGUGGGCUCCAGGGAUUGAGUUCAGGUCAUCGGGCUUUGGGUAAGUGCUUUUACCUUCUGAGCCAUGUCUCUGGCGCUGGAACAAGCUUCUGAUAAAGAUUCAUCUGUAGAUGUUCCAGUGACUUGUGUGAGAACAAUCCUCUAGAUCUCUAUGACUAUUUCCUGGGACUGUGGUUUUUGUCAGAGAAAUUAGUGAGACAUUUUUUGUGGAUUCCUGUAUUCUUUUCUUUAAUUUGGGCUGAAGCUGUACAGGCAGGAGUACAAGAGGGGAAAGAUGCUUUUGUGGCAUGGGGUAUAAUUCUGACCUAUUUGUGAUUCAAGAGCCAGUAACUUUUAUUAUUUCCCAAGGUGGACUGCCAGUGGACUGUGCCUCUCGGGUUCCGAGAUGGUGGAAUCCAUAUUAGGUUGUGAUGAACAUUUGGGAACAGUGGGACAUCUAAGUAUAUUUUUUCAGGUUACUUUUUAUAGCUUUAUUUAUGUGUCAUUUGUAUAAGUGGCACUCAGCAAAGUACAUGGCAUGGCACCGCGGCGUGUGCUUGCAGUUCCGGUUUCUAAAAAAACUGAGGAAUGAGGAUUGCAUGGGCUCAGGAGUUUGUGGCUCAGUGAGCACAACACAGCAUGGCCCUAGCUCAAAAAAACAAAACCCCGAUUGGGAAAGUUUGGAAAUCAUUAUAGUUAUGAAAACACAUUCUUUGUUGUCUGUUUAUGACAUGCCCAUUUAUUAUCUUACAUUUCCUACCUCUCCUGACAACCAAUGAUUUUGUUUUUAAUUUAAACUUUAUUUUAUGUGUGUGUGUGUGUAUGUGUGUGUGUUUUCCUGCAUGUAUGUCUGUGUACCAUGUACAUGCUUACUACCUGUGGAGGCCAGAGGGGAAGUAGGCUCUCUGGGGGCUGGCAGUACAGAUGGCUGUGGGCCACCAUGUGGAUGCUGGAAACUGAACCCAGGUUCUCCAGAAGAACAUCUAAUGUUCUUAGCUUAUACACAUACACACACACACACACACACACACACACACACAGUGGAUUAGUUUACGUUGUUUGGAAUUUUCAGUUAUUGUCAUCGUGACAUGUGUGCUUGUGUGUGUGUAGAUAUGUUGUAUAAUUACUUCAAGAUUCAACAAUGAUUCUUAUAUGAAACAUUGUGAUUGUUGCUGAGUAACAUUUUGUGUAGAUCAGCUGUUGGCUUAUCUGUUAAUUUAUGUAGAAAAUUUUCUUUACAGAUUUCGCAUACUACAAAUAAGACUGCUGUGAGUAUUUCAGGUUUUAUAUGGCUAUGCAUACAAUCACUUUGUGUUAAUAACUUCACUUGUGACACCAGAGGGGUGAAUGAAUAUUUUAAGAAGCAUUUACGAAAUCCCAGCUCUGAUUUGUUAACUCCUUUCUGCAUUCUCGCCAGCGGUAUGUGAAAGUGGCUGCCCCUUUCCAUCCUGGCAUGCACGCCACAACGCUAACCCUCUAAGACUGUCCUAUACAUCAUGAGUGUAUUUCACUAAGUAUACUGUGACAUUUCACUGUGUAUUUCAUGGCAUUUCCUUAAGUAUUCUGAAAUAAAACAGUUGUUUUGUGUGCUUAAUUGCUGUUUGUACAUCUCUAAUAAAAUAACUGUUCACAUAU